UCCAGCACGAGGACAAGCCACACCUUGUCCUCGUGCUGGAACUUGCUGUGCGCCGCCUUCAGACAUUUUAUUAUUGUGCUUUUCACAGAACUCUUGUUUUUCAGACCAACAGAAGAACAACAUGAGUUCCUAUGGUCUGGGUCCAGGCAAUGAAGAUCCUAAUUCCAUUCCAAACCAGUUCAACUGGGGAGGUCAGCCCAGCCAACCCCAAUGGCCCACCCAGCCUGUAGGAUACACACCCUGGGGUGGAAAUGAUCCGUCUGCUCAAUACAACCCUUGGCAACCUGGACCAGGACCCGGACCCGGACCUGGACCGCAAAGCCAGGGUCCCACUCGUGAAAUUCCUAGUGGAUUGCAGGACAAAUCCCUGAUCACCCUCAAUAUAGCUGUCAGUCCCAACCCAAAACACUUUGCUGUGGAUUUGUCCAGUGGCAAGGACAUAUAUUUCCACUUCAACGUACGCUUCGAUGACGGCGGCCAAAAGGUGAUCGUCAUGAAUUCCUGUUUCAAAGAGAAAUGGGGGCAUGAGGAAAAAAUCUACAACAAAUUCCCAUUUACACCUGGACAGUACAUUGAGCUGAAGAUCCUCUGUGAAGACAAGUGCUUCAAGGUGGCUGUCAACAACACGCACCUGUGCGAGUUCAAACACAGAGAAAAACCCAAACAUAUUUGCGCACUAGGCGUCUACAAAGAUGCCAAUCUGAUGAAUUUCAGCCUGACAAAGCUGCCCUGAGAAAACCAGAGGUGUAGCACAUCCAUCAGAAGGCCCACAGAAGAUCUCCAGCUGAUACAAUGCAGAGAAGAAUGGAGGACCAUCAGUGGAUCAGGACACCUCAACCUGCUGCACAACUUCAGUCAAUCAACACAACUUCAUCUAAUUUAGCAAAAAAAAAAAAAAAAAAAAAAAAAAAAAUCCCUGAUAGAAUCACAUGUGAUCCUCAGUGGAUCUUCACCCAGUUCUCUGAAGGUCAUAUUUUCUAAUGAAUGUUUGUACUCUGGUGGCUUGUAUAAAUAAAGUGAAAUCCUCUCUG